AUGAGUCCUCCAGCUGAAUCCAACAACAUGGAAGAUUGCAAGUCCGAAAAUGGCACCGACCAAGUCGUGUCUCGCUUCGUUGAGUUCUGCAAGUCCAUAAAAUCUAAUAAGCGCCCCUGCAGUGAUGUGGUGGAGUAUUGCAGCAAGCUGGCCUUUCCAUUAGGGUAUCACCUUUCACAUAUUUCUGUGCCUCCAUUUUUCUGGGCAUAUCCUGGUGGACUAUAUAGUCUGGCUGAAGCUGGAUCUGGAGCUAACUACAUUUUGCCUAAUCACCUCCCUAAUUCUGUCAUUUUUUUUAUCCUGGACAACCUCUUUGCAGACCAAAAUGGGUUAGCAUUGGAAGAGAAAAGUUGUAAAGAAGCAAUCAAUCUGUUAAGAGAAACCAAACAUAUUCUUCUGACCAAUUUUUCAUCAAUGGGGAAUGGAACGUCUGAAGAAGCCGAGCGGUAUUGGUUUGCUUUUAUUUCAUACUCUGUCAAGAAAUUGAUCCAGAAAAAUGAGGAGGUUGCAAAGGAAGAUACUGUGCACACUGGGCUUAGCUUGUGUCGCAUAUUGAGAGCAGCCAAGCUCAACAUUGCAGAUUUUUUCAAAGAACUUCCACAGUUUGUUGUUAAGGCUGGUCCAACUUUAAGUUAUCUAUAUGGAACAGAUUGGGAAAACAGGCUAGAGGCUAAGGAGAUGCAUGCCAAUGCUAUUCACUUAAAGAUUCUUAGCAAGUACUAUAAACGAGUAUUUGGAGAGUUCUUUGUGACAACUGACUCAAAUGCUGAAAAGAACUCAUCUGUUACUGUUCAUGCAUCUGAAUACCAUCGAUUUGGAUGGUUGCUCUUCUUGGCUCUUCGUGUCCAUGCUUUCAGCCGCUUCAAAGACUUAGUGACAUGCACCAAUGGUUUAAUAUCAAUCUUGGCCAUCUUAAUUAUUCAUGUUCCUACUCGGUUUCGGAAUUUCAACAUUCAUGACUCCUCACGCUUUGUUAAGAAAAAUAACAAAGGUGUGGACCUCCUUGCUUCACUUUGCAACAUAUACAACACUACUGAAGAUGAGUUGAGGAAAACAAUGGAGAAAGCCAAUAAUAUAAUAGCAGAUAUAUUGAAGAAGAAGCCCUGCUUGGCAUCUGAAUGCGAAACCGAAAACCUAGAGAAUAUCGAUAAAGAUGGUUUGACCUAUUUUAAAGACCUGAUGGAAGAAUCGUCUUUACCUUCUAGUUUAAAUUUAUUAGAAAAAGAUUAUGAUUACAUGAUUUGCAAUAAGAGUGAACUGGACGAGAGGUUAUUCAUUAAUGAGGAUGAUAGCCUAUUAGCUUCGGGAAGCUUGUCUGGAGGUUCUGUUUCAGCAGGUGGUGUAAAGAGGAAAUUUGACUCACUGGCAUCACCUGCUAAGACGAUUACAAGUCCACUCUCACCUCACCGCUCUCCCUCGUCACAUGCAAAUGGCAUCCCGGGUAGCGCAAACUCAAAGAUGGCAGCUACGCCUGUAAGCACAGCAAUGACUACAGCAAAGUGGCUUCGAACUGUCAUUUCUCCACUUGCACCAAAACCCUCACCAGAGCUGGAACGGUUUUUGACAUCAUGUGAUAGGGAUGUUACAAGUGAUGUAGUGCGCAGAGCACAGAUUAUAUUGCAGGCUACAUUUCCUAGUAGUCCACUUGGAGAACUAUGUGUAACUGGAAGCCUGCAAAGUGCAAAUCUCAUGGACAAUAUCUGGGCAGAACAACGAAGAUUGGAAGCACUGAAGUUAUACUACAGGGUAUUGGAAUCCAUGUGCAGAGCUGAAGCUCAAGUUUUUCAUGCAACUAAUUUGACCUCUCUUCUUACCAACGAGAGGUUUCAUCGGUGUAUGCUUGCAUGUUCUGCAGAAUUAGUCUUGGCAACACAUAAGACUGUAACAAUGUUAUUCCCUGCAGUACUUGAGAGGACUGGAAUUACAGCCUUCGAUCUUAGCAAGGUGAUUGAAAGUUUCAUUAGACACGAAGAAUCUCUGCCUAGAGAAUUGAGGCGACAUCUGAAUUCAUUGGAAGAACGACUUUUGGAGAGUAUGGUAUGGGAAAAGGGUUCUUCAAUGUAUAAUUCUUUGGCAGUGGCCAGACCUGCCCUUUCUGCAGAGAUAAAUCGCCUAGGAUUGUUAGCUGAACCAAUGCCAUCAUUAGAUGAAAUUGCAAUGCAUAUUAACUUCUCUUGUGGUGGGCUGCCACCAGUGCCCACCUUGCCUAAGCUUGAAAGUUCACCAAAUCAGAAUGGGGAUAUCAGAUCACCAAAGCGAAAUGUGUUGAUGGAAAGAAAUUCUUUCACUUCACCAGUGAAAGACCGGCUUCUCCCCUUCAGCAACCUUAAAUCAAAACUACCCCCACCUCCUUUGCAGUCAGCAUUUUCCAGCCCAACAAAGCCAAAUCCAGGAGGUGGAGGGGAAACAUGUGCAGAAACUGGGAUUAACAUCUUUUUCGGCAAGAUCAUUAAGUUGGGUGCAGUCAGAAUUAGUGGCAUGGUUGAAAGACUACAACUAUCUCAGCAGAUAAGGGAGAAUGUAUACUGUCUUUUCCAGCGGAUUCUAAAUCAACGGACAUCUCUCUUUUUCAACCGUCAUAUUGACCAAAUCAUCUUGUGUUGUUUUUAUGGAGUUGCAAAGAUUUCACAACUGAACCUAACUUUUAGGGAAAUUGUAUACAACUACAGAAAGCAACCUCAUUGCAAACCACAAGUUUUUCGCAGUGUAUUUGUUGAUUGGUCAUUGGCACGCCGAAAUGGGAGAACAGGACAGGAGCAUGUUGACAUCAUUACCUUUUACAAUGAAAUAUUUAUUCCCUCUGUAAAGCCACUGCUGGUUGAACUUGACCCUUCUGGAGCAACUACAAAGAGUGACCGAAUACCUGAAGUCAAUAAUAAAAAUGAUGGCCAUUUAGCUCAAUGUCCAGGAUCUCCUAAAAUAUCAUCUUUCCCUAGCCUUCCCGAUAUGUCUCCAAAAAAAGUGUCUGCCACACACAAUGUAUAUGUUUCUCCAUUACGAUCGUCCAAGAUGGAUGCUCUCAUAUCGCACAGCUCAAAAAGCUAUUAUGCAUGUGUUGGGGAGAGCACUCAUGCUUAUCAGAGCCCUUCAAAAGACCUGACUGCCAUCAAUAACCGUUUGAACGGCAACAGGAAGGUGAGAGGAACUCUGAAUUUUGAUGACGUUGAUGUGGGCUUGGUUAGUGAUUCCAUGGUUGCAAACAGCCUCUAUCUGCAGAAUGGAAGUUGUGCAUCAUCAUCAGGUGCACCAGUGAAAUCAGAGCAACCUGACUCUUAA